CAGAGAGGCUCGUACACCGAGAGAGAACGGUGGACUCCAUUGCUGUUCGGAGUGCGUUUCUCGUCGGCUGUGUCGUAUUGCGUGUCUGUCCGCGCUUUCGUGCACACAAGUUUUACUUUCCACGUUGGCCCAGAGAGAGAUUGUGAAUAGUAUCCUUUGUGUUCAGUGCCUAAACCGAUAUUUCAAAUCGUCGAGCGUACUGAGAUAUAAAAGAACCGAGCCAAAAUGGCUGAUCAACUCACAGAGGAGCAAAUUGCAGAAUUUAAGGAAGCAUUUUCGCUAUUUGAUAAGGAUGGGGAUGGUACUAUCACAACCAAAGAGUUGGGUACAGUUAUGCGAUCGCUAGGACAAAAUCCUACAGAAGCUGAGCUUCAGGAUAUGAUCAAUGAAGUGGAUGCAGAUGGUAAUGGCACAAUCGAUUUUCCGGAGUUCUUAACCAUGAUGGCUCGCAAAAUGAAGGAUACUGACAGUGAGGAGGAAAUUAGGGAGGCCUUCAGAGUAUUUGAUAAGGAUGGAAACGGUUUCAUAUCUGCAGCGGAACUCAGACAUGUUAUGACAAAUCUUGGCGAGAAACUCACUGAUGAGGAAGUUGAUGAAAUGAUUCGGGAGGCUGACAUUGAUGGUGAUGGCCAAGUUAAUUAUGAAGAAUUCGUCACAAUGAUGACAUCAAAGUGAAUGCAACCUGUGUAAUGGAAAAACUUGCAACUUGGAGUGGUGUUGACGUAUUAAAAUAAAUCAAGAAACAAAGAAAAAUAUAAUAUUAACAAAAACGAAUCGACCAGAAAGUGAAAAAAAUCUUGUAUCUGGACGCAAAGAUGUCUUUAAAACGCGAAAAGUCAACGUCCAACACGCGUUAAUCAUCAUUAACGAUAAGUAAUACAGGGCAAUUGUUUAAUUAAAGAGUUAUACCACUAAAAAUCAUUAUCUCUAAAUACACAAAAUACUUAACUACACACAACAUAAACAUAAAAAUACAUAUUACACACACACAUAAACGAAUACAAAAAAUAUGCAGCACACACAUAAACACAUCUAUACAUAAAAGAUGAUUUAUUUCCGUAUAAAAAAUAUAAUUAUAUAUAUAUAUAAAAAUGUUAGAUAUAUAUAUGUAUAAAAAAACAGACGCGCAUGUUUGUUGAUGAUAAAAGUAAAUAGUGUUUCCCUACUUUCCUCUCUUUUUGGCCUUUUCCUGUUUCUUCUCUGCACGUAUCUUUGAAGACUUUCACAUGCAAGUUUUCCUUGUAAAUUCUACUUUUCAAUGUAUUGAAAAAAGAUUAUUAAUCAGUAGACAGAAGAGAGGAAAAGUAUUAAAAGAAGGGAAUAAUCUACAGGCUAUUAUAGCGCAUUGUGUAGGUUCGUUUAUUGAUCGAGAUAAAUUGGAAAUUUAUUCUACUUGUUUCUCGAUCAAGAAGAACGUGCUUAUGUCAUCGAUACAGCAUUUGUUGUAGCGAAAAGUUUUAUCAGUAACGUACAUGUUAAGCGUUUGUUUUACUUUGCCAAAGAAAAUUCGGAUUGGACAUCGUUUUCCAGAGUUCGAAAUAUAAUGUCUUCGACCUUUGGUUUAUCGAUGAUUCCGUACAUACUGAAUUCGUUACUACGCCAUAAUGGAUAAUUUAAUUCUUUUAAUAGCUGAGAAAUAGUAUCAAAGAAAAAGUAUUAGGAGGAUUAAAAAAAAAUAAGGAGUAUCCUCGAGAAGUUCAGAGAUGCGCGUAAUGCUAUCUUGGUCUACGUUUAUGAUAUCUAUGGAAUCGGGUUAUAUCAAAGUAUUGAUAUUUCUGGUGAAACAUCUCUACGCUUUUUCAGCUUUGUUAAGCCUUUGAAAAAACCUAUGUAAUACAUGACACGUAUUAUACAUGUACACAUAUAUACACAGACACACAAACGCGUACACAACAAAACAUGUAAGACAUAUUUCACCAAGUGCGUUCUGUAUCCAAUUUCAUUAUAAUCUCCCGUUUGUAUCUUAUCUCCACUGAGAAAGCCUUAAAACGCGUGCGCGUUACACAACGUCGACACCACUUUUGUUGAAAUAUAAAUGAAACCACAGAGAAAUAGGGAUGAGGGAUUAAAAAAAGAAGUCAAGUCACAACAGUGAUUGGUGCAUUAUAUUUUCCUUCGCCCAGAGGUGCGUGCCAGUCUCGCAAGAUAAGCAGGAGAAACUGGUGUGAUUUUGUGAGAUUCGUAUGAUAAUGUUAAGUACUAAGAGUAAAGAACGAUCACCGAAAAGUGGAAACACAUGCGUGUCGGUGAUUCAGUCAUUAAUAUAUAUGUAAUAUAUAUUAUAUAUACAUAUAUACAUAUAUAUGUAUAUAUGCACACAUAUAUACACAUAUAUGUGUAUAUGUAUAUAUAUAUAAAAACUAAUUUACGAAGAAAAAAGGAAGAAAAGAAGAAAGAAUUCCUCCACAGUCCUUUAUUAUUUAAUAUUGAAGUGAACAAAAUGAGAAGUACUUGUAUUUCUGGUGACCUAGAUCGCAUUGAUCAUAAAAAGACAAAAUAAAUGUACCCUCAUUUUUAGGUCACAACUA